AUGGUUAAACCACCGGAAGGUGGAGGCCUCUUUGUAGCCGGCUGGUUUCUGGCACUGUGUAUCAUCAGUGUCAGCGGCCAGCUGGGCUCCGAGUACGGAUGUCCUACUCAGGAGAGGAUUCUACCUUGCAGAUGCUCGACCCGUGAUAUGGAGAUUCAAAUAUGGUGCAGUCAUAGCGACUUACCAAAGGUUCUCGAGGGUUUAAAAGCAGUGAGCCAUUACAUAGACCGACCGGUGGACGAAUUGAUCCUGGAGAACAAUAAUCUGCCUAGUCUACCGGGCAAAGUUUUCGCCACGCUACGCGUUCUCCGUUUAAUGCUGCGAAACAAUCGCCUCGAGAGAGUGUCCUCCGGUUGGCUAGAAGGUCUCCAUGAUUCGUUAUUAGAGUUAUUCGUCGUGGAGCCUGAUUUACGAUCAUUGCCGGUGGAUAGUCUCGAAAAUCUACAGGGUUUGGAGGCGGUCACUUUACAGAGUCGAGUGAUGAAGAAACUACCGAAGUUUUCUGGCCUGCCGAAGCUCAGAUACCUCCAGAUCAAUUCUCCGGCGUUGUUGGAAUUGGCGCCGAGAAACUUUCGAGAUUUGCCCAGCUUGGAACAGCUGCAUGUGUUUGGUAGCUCGCGUCUGAUACGCUUGGAGGCAGGCCUCUUUCGAGGCCUACCCCGACUCGAACUGGUGAACAUUACCGAUUGCGGAAUUCAUUGGGUUCAUCCUCGAACCAUGAUCGAUCUACCGGAAUUGAAAGAAGUCUCUUUGGUCGGUAAUUCGAUAGUCGAAGCCGGAAUGAUCGGUCGCGCCUGUACGGAUCUGCCCUCGUUAUCGGUGAUACGGCUCGAUCGAAAUCGAAUAAAUCGUCUCGACGAGGGAGCGUUCAUCGAUCUACCAGUCCUAUCCCGCUUGUACUUAUCGAGGAAUCACAUUACCGAGGUGUUCGCUGGAGCGUUCCAAAGAAUGCCAGCCUUGAAGACCGUCGAUCUUAAUUACAAUCUAAUACAUCGCGUGCAUCCCGAAUUUUUCCCCCGGCGGCCCGGAAACGUCCUAGAGGAUCUGUGGCUGAUCAAUAACGAUCUCAGCCACGUGACCGAAUUACGAUCGAUAAUGGAGGCGUUGCCCAGAUUAAAGUUUCUCGACGUGAGCCACAAUCAAAUCGAGGAGAUACCGUUCGGUUCGUUGAGGGGUCAUCCCACGUUAGAAAGACUUCACCUUGAUCACAACAGAGUGGCCUUUCUGCAAAGGGAGACCUUCACCGCGAUGCCCGCUCUCAGGGAACUUCGAUUAAAGAACAAUUCUUUGUCGAACCUGCUGGAGAUUCCGUUCUGGGACUUGCCCGCGCUGAAGGGGCUCGAUCUCUCCGAAAAUUAUUUCCGCCACGUUGAACCACGUCUGCUGGCGAACUUGCCGAGCUUGAGACGAUUGGAUUUGAGCGGAAACGCGAUCGGACUCAUAGAGCCUGAAUCGUUCUUAGGUACGCCAGCCCUGGAGCACGUCAACAUCUCCGGAAACGCGCUCUCUGUUCUCCAUCCGUUGACAUUUCAUCAUUUAAACAAUCUUUACGAACUGGACGUCGGUUGGAAUCGAAUGCUCGAGAUCGUUCCAGGUCUACCAAGGAACAUCGAACACCUUCACAUGCCCAUGAACCGUAUCGUCGUUCUGCCCGCUGUGUCUUCCCAAGAUUUAGCACUUCCGGUUCUAAGGACCCUGGAUCUCAGUGCAAACGGAAUCGAGAGGAUACAACCUGGUAGCCUGACAGAUCUACCAAACUUGAGAAAACUGAACAUGGGUUACAACUCUCUUCGAAUUAUCGAGGAUGGCACGUUCGAUGGCAUGUCCGGGGUGGAACAGUUGGACUUGAAGUACAAUCGAUUGGUCACUUUACACGGAAGAAGUUUCAGGCCCCUUAGAUCGUUGAUGGAUCUAAGUCUACGGGGAAACCGAUUGGAAGUUCUUAGGCCGGACAUCUUUCAAGAAAACGUUCGAUUGCAGAGGCUGGAUCUCAGUAGGAACAAUCUCGCUCAGAUUCCUCAUGCUACCUUCUCGAACACCAGAGACCUUCGUGAACUGUACGCGUCGCACAACACUUUGACCGAGUUACCCGGAUCGUUGCACGGCUUAACAGCUCUUCAGGUUCUCGACUUGAGCUUCAACAAGCUGAACAUCCUGUCGCCGGAAACGCUAAGCAGCCUAUCGGCCUUGCUCGAGCUGAAACUCGUCAGGAAUCGUAUCCGCGAGCUUCGCGAGGGUGCGUUCGAUGGUCUGCCGCGAUUGUCCCUGAUCGAUCUGGAGAACAAUGAUCUGAGGAUCAUCGAGAGGAACGCUAUCAGAGCUCUACCAGAAUUGCAAGCGAUACGACUUGGAAAGAAUCGAUUACAGAUAAUUCCAAGUGGAGCUUUCACCGAGCUACCUCUUCUCCAAAGCGCGGAACUUCAAGAAAAUCGGAUUCAGGAAAUCGCAAGCAACGCUUUCAUUAACGUGCCUCACCUUCUCUUCCUUAAUCUAAGCUACAAUCAUUUGCCAGCUUUGGAUUACGUUGGCUUGGAGAGUCUACGGUCCCUGGAGGUUCUGGACUUAAGCAACAAUCGAUUGUCCAGGGUGUCUAGCAACAGUUUAGCGUCAAUGGAGUGGUUGGUGGAAUUAAAAAUGGAUAACAAUCGGAUUUGCGCCAUCCAAGGCUCCCCAUUCGACGAAAUGCCGAGGCUUCGGUUUCUCAGCCUGAGAAGCAACCGGAUGGCUUCCGUUUCGGAAGCGGCAUUCAAACGAUUAAGAUCGAACAUUGCUGUCUUGGAUAUCGAUGGUAAUCCAUUGUCCUGUUCUUGUGGGAUGUUAUGGUUGAGGGGAUGGCUACAGCAGGCCUCUUCCGAGGGUCCAAGAUGCGCGGACGGAUCAUUAUUUAAAGAAAUUAGAUUAUCUCGACAGGACUGUCAGAGGGAACGACAGAUAGAUCCAAUUCAUCCCGGAUGCGAGGCUGAAAUGAUCGACAUUGCGCCGUACCCCGUAUCUUCAUCCCUUUACGGGGCAACGGAAGUGGUACCACUCCGCAUGAACAUGAAAGACUUAACGACCCACAGACCUACCCUGGACUCCGACUACAUGUACGAAUAUCCAGAUUACCAAGAACCCAGGAACGAUACAUCUAACGCGACAAGUCAAUCAUUCACUACUGUAACACCAAUAGACUCGAUGAAAGAUGUUCAGACGACAGAGAAAGUUCAAAUUCAAUCGAACAACACCGUGCCUGUGAAGAAGAAUACCCUAAUGCCUCCAUCUCCCAGUAGUUCUGGUUUCACCUUCUUCGGGGUGCCUCUGCCUAGUCUGAACUUUAACCUCUGGGGAAACUCAGGAAGGAAAUCAGAAAGAAAAAAUUCCGAGGGAAGACCUGGCCGAGGUCGUUAUAGAACAUUUCCACCGACGGAACCGGAAAUUCAUAGAGGGGGUUUCGUACCUCUGCCACGUGGGCAGAGUGGUUUCGUGCCUAUCGUGGAUCCUCGAUUAUCUUACCAAAAGCAGAUUAAAAAUGAUACCUCGAGGCAGCAGAAUUUAAGUGUGGUUCAAGAGGAGAAGAGAAAAUGGAAAAGUGGGAAUGGUACAGUGGUAAAGAUCGACAAAGUACAGCUCAGAACGAGUAGGCCCAAGGUGGGAUUCAAGGAAAGAGAAGAAUUAUCCACGACGGCUGCGAACGAAGACGACUCUAGAAGCCAAGCAUCCGGUCAAAAACAGAAUAGUUCGAACCAUGUGAAUUCAACGAAAACGUCGGAUUCGAGUGCCGCAGCGGACGAGUCGCCCCAAGAAGCGAACGAAACAUCUGUGGCCGCUGAGAUUCGGGAUGACAAGAGCCCGGAGAUGAACCGAAAGCCUGGUAAAGUGGAAGAGCAGCCUCACACAGAAGUUGCUAGUCGAAUUGUCUGGACAACAGCUAGAACGAUGUUAGAAACGAGAAAAGAUAUGAAAGAAAAACUUACAGAAGUAACAAAAGGAGAGAAUAAUGUCUUACCAGAUUCGAACACCGUGAGGUUCCAAGAAACGUCCACUUCGACAACAGCAGCUCGAUACGAAUCAAAUGACGACUCGACUGUUAUGACGACCGAUUGGCCAGCUUCAAUGACGUCGGAGAACCGGAAGACCUCCACCUCCAUGGCGACUCAAUUUUCAAGGGAAACGGAAGCGUCGGCGCUUUCGGCGUUUCUGGUCCCAGGUGGCCUAGUGCCAUCCUCCGUUUCAGUAGCGAAUCUACGCCCGUUUGGUCGACCGACUAUAACGAAAGUUGCCUCGCCGCAUUUGGGACUAUCGUCCGAAACAGAGAAGCAGAAAUCCGUGGCAGAGGCUGUCCAACGAAACAUAGAGAUCGUGGAAGAGCAAAUCUUGGAUAAAGACGAGUCUUCGAGGGAGAAUGCGGAAGUGAUUGAAGAUAGUUCGUUCAAUUGGUACUUUCAGCACUACAACGACACUAAUUUGGAGCCGUACGUAGGAAUUGCGUACAGUGGAGGCGAGAAAAUCAGACGAUGGACUUUAAUGGGUCAGAUGUGCCUUGUCUUGUACGCUUUGAUGUGA